GCGUUGACUGGCAGAGCUGUGAGUGUCUGCUUAAUAGACCUGGGGUUCACCAGACUUCAUAUCACUUGAGGAGGUUUCAGAACAACAGGAUCUGAAUUCACGUUCAGUUCUUCAAAAUAACCCAAAUUCAAGGAGGUGACAGGAUGGAAAGAGGUACAAACAAGAUAAAAAAUGAAUCUGAAGAGGUGGCUCAGCCUCUAAAUAUAAAUAUGACGGAGGAUCCUAAUCCAGAGGCUUCCCUGUCCUCCCUGGUCACUGUCCAAGGUCAACAACCAUCUUCUGCAGAGAGUCAACAAAACAGGCCUCAGGCUUCAACUGCUUCUGCAACAAACAAGGAAAACGCUGUUAAGCCCAAACUGCAGUUAACCUUUAGCACAUUCACUGUCAAGAAUAGUGAAGAUCUAAAAGUAGAGAUCCCCGUGGCUGGCCACCCUUCCCCAAAGAUUGAAUGGAAAAAAGACGGUCAGAUGGUAAAGGAAACAUCGAGGCUCGAGAUUUUAAAUAAAACCUCAUUAGCUAUCCUUCAUAUCAGACAUGCAGUCAGGGAACAUUCUGGUCAGUAUUCUGUCACAGCGAGCAACAGCGCUGGAAAAGACACAGCAGACAUCACUGUGAUUGUUCUCGAGAAGCCAGACCCUCCCACAGGGCCUGUGAGGAUUAAUGAGGUUAAUUGUGACUAUGUUAUUAUAUCUUGGGACCCACCUCCAUAUACAGGAGGCUGCCAAUUGGACAACUAUGUAGUGGAGAAACGGGAAACUACAAGCACAGAGUGGCAUACCGUGUCCGCGACAACAGUGAGAACCACCAUCAAAGUUAGCAAGCUGAAAACGGGAAACGAAUACCAAUUCAGGGUCUUUGCCGAAAAUAGGUACGGAAAAAGUGUUGCAAUCACCUCUCCGGUUGUGACGGCAAAAUAUCCCUUCAGCGUACCCGCUCGUCCUGGCACUCCCUUUGUAUCCGCCGUGACGAAGUAUAGCAUGGUGGUGGAGUGGGAGCCGCCACUUAGAGACGGAGGCAGCCCCAUCGUCGGCUACCACGUGGAACGUAAAGAGAGGAACAGCAUUUUGUGGACCAGGCUGAACAAAUUUGUUUUAGCCGACACUCGCUUCAAAGCAAGCGGGCUGGAGGAAGGGAUCGAGUAUGAGUUCAGAGUCUUGGCUGAAAAUGUCGCAGGGCUGAGCCCAUGUAGUAAUACGUCGGAGUGUUAUGUGGCAAGAGAUCCCUGUGAUCCACCUGGAAAACCCGAAGCUGUUGUGGUAACCAGAGACAGCAUCACACUUCAGUGGGCAAAACCCAAGUAUGAUGGAGGAAGCACUAUUACAGGGUAUGUCGUUGAAAAAAAGGAGCUACCAGAUGGCAGAUGGAUGAAGGUGAACUUUACAAACCUCACUGACAGUCUUUUCACAGUCUCGGGUCUGACAGGAGGGCAAAACUAUGAGUUUAGGGUGACUGCUAAGAAUAGUGCUGGUGUUUGGAGCGUACCCUCAGAAACCAUAACCAUUCUUGCUCAGGAUGUUAUUGAAGCCCCCACUGCGUUCAUCGAUCCCAAGUUUAAGAGCACUAUUGUUGUCCAAGCUGGCGAAACGUUUGUCAUCGAGGCCGAUUACUUUGGGAAACCUCUCCCAGAGGUGGCGUGGCUGAAGGAUGGAAAAGAAAUUGACAAGAGUACACCAAGAAUGGAGCUCAAAAACACCAUCACUCAUACAACUCUCACUGCCAGGGACUGCACACGUGUGGACGGCGGACGUUAUGUGUUGAGUCUCGGCAACAGUGGUGGAACUACAACAGUUUCGGUUAAUGUGAAGGUCUUAGAUAGACCCGGUCCCCCCGAUGGGCCAUUGAGGGUCAAGGUUGUGAGUGCAGAGAAAUGCAACCUUACCUGGAACCCGCCUUUAAAUGACGGAGGUGCCAGUGUCACCCAUUACAUCAUUGAAAAAAGGGAAACCAGUCGUGUCACAUGGACAGAGGUUGAACCUCAUAUUGAAGCCGUGAGUUACAAAGUGACAAAACUAGUGGCUGGAAAAGAAUAUAUGUUCAGAAUUGCUGCCGUGAAUAAGUAUGGGGUUGGUGAAUUUCUGGAAUCAGAACCUUUCGUUGCACAAAAUCCUUUCAAGCCUCCUGGCGCGCCCUCCGCUCCUACAGCCAGUGCCGUGACUGGAGACUCGGUUGUGCUGACGUGGGAAAGGCCCGAGAGCGACGGAGGCUCUGAGAUUGAUGGCUACAUCCUGGAGAAACGUGACAAAGAUGGUGUCCGAUGGACCAAAUGUAACAAGAGAAGGCUAAACGACUUGCGUUUCAGAUGUACUAGGCUUGCAGAAGGCCAUUACUAUCAAUUCAGAGUUCUUGCUGAAAACGCUGCAGGCGUGGGUGCACCCAGUGAGAUCAGUGACUAUAUAAAGGUAUGUGAAGCUACAUACCCACCUGGUCCACCUUCCAACCCAAAAGUGACAGAUUAUUCCAACAGCACAGUAUCUCUCACCUGGUCAAAACCAAUUUACGAUGGUGGUGACGCUAUCGAUGGAUAUGUUGUGGAAAUGAAGGAGGCCACAGCUGAUGAAUGGGCUGCAUGCACACCAAGCACAGGCAUAAAGGACACAAACUACACUGUAGGAGGACUAAAAGAAAAUUCAGAGUACAAUUUUCGUAUAUGUGCAACCAAUUCAACUGGAGUUGGAGAACCUGUGGAAUUACCGGGUUCUGUAGCGCCGACUGAGAAAGUACAGGCACCAGAGAUUGAACUGGACAAUGCCUUCAGAAAGGUAGUAAAUGUUCGAGCUUGCUCCACCUUACGUCUUUUUGUCACCUUCAGUGGAAGGCCAGAGCCUGAGGUUAGGUGGUCAAAAGAAGAUGGCACUCUAAGUGAGUGUGCUCAAAUUGAGGUAACACACUCUUACACUGAGUUGAUGAUAGAAAAUGUCAACAGAAAUGACAGUGGAAAGUAUGUGCUGACUGCCAAGAACUGCAGCGGUACCAAAUCAGCAUUCAUCAAUGUGAGAGUAUUGGACUCUCCCAGUGCACCAACAAAUUUAGAAGUGAAGGAUGUAAAGAGAGACUCCGUCCUCAUCUCCUGGGAGCCCCCCACUUAUUGAUGGAGGAACAAAGAUUUC